GCAUCUGUUCAGGAACAUCGUCCCCACCAGAAGACAGGAAAAAUGUUAGGAGGCAAGGUACCCACAGACGGUGACCGUAAGCAUCUACUGGAGAACAUUGCAGCCAUGGUCCCAGAUCACUGUGCUCGUGUACAGAAACUUGAGGAAGCAGAUGCAUCCCGCGAGAGGAAAAAGAAGAUUGUGGUAAAGCAAGAAGCUUUGAAAUUUGGUCGAUCACUUGAAAUGGCCACACGUGGCUUAAAACCAGCCUCCUCCAAGGAGCAGUUGGAGAAAGGUGCAGAGGUACUUGUAACAGAAUCACAGCCUACAGGGUCAAAGGUCAAGGGGUCACCAAGCCUUGUGCAUAAACCUACCUCAAGUGCAACGGAUGCAACUAGUAAAUCGUCUUCUCUUCCACCAAGUGGUUCUACAGAUAAAGUUUGCACUAAGGGAGACAAAGAUCAACAAAGUGACCGGUCAAAGAGUGAACCUCGACCAUUUUUAAUGGAGAAAAGUCGUUCUUUGGACAACCAAUUAGAUUCAAGAGACCUUGCAGUGUCAGAUCUGUCAGUGAAGAGGAAGCCAGCAGUCGUUGUUAGUGCAGAACUACCAGCUGCAAGUAAGUGUUUACCUGUUGAAGUCCCUAAAAAUCAAGUCAAUGGUGACAGAGUAGCUGCUGGCAAACCGCAGUCAAACAGUAGUAAAGGUGGUAGUUCAAAACGAUCCAAAAGUGUUGAUAGUGGCGCUCUUGAGGAUAAAGAUGUGAAAAGGAACGCGGAAAUUUUACGAAUUCAGAAAAAUGCUGCACGUGCAAAUUUCUUUAGUUCAAUUACAACACCUCCGACCUCCCCAGAAGAGGAGAAAAGGCCAGUGUCUUCUCCCAGUGGGGCUAAAUCUAUGGACUACACAGUUCGAAUUUCUCCUGUCAAGGUCACUGUGUCUGGAGAAACUAAGUACACAGUUAGUCCUUCAAACACUCAACGACAAACAGCCUCUGGGAAACCUACAUUCUUGCCAGUUUCCUCAAAAAAGGAGAAAUCCAGUGAGAAUAAAAGUGCCACACCCUCUCCAACCACCCCUAGUUAUAUAAUAACACCAGGUGGUUCUCGUGUUAGUAGCAUUCCAAAGAUUUCGCCUCAUAAAACUUCAUCUGGUGCUUCUCUGCAAAAUCGUGAUAUAAGUGAACCAAAGAUAUCAUCAUCACAAUCAUCUAAGGAAUCUGGAUCAGUCUCUGCAAAUGGGUCUUCAGAUGCAAAAUCAAAUGGUAGAGCUUCUGACAAGAAAGGAAGUUCAGAUAGUAGUGCGGAGGGGCGACAAAGAAGAGCGCCCCCUCCACCUCCUCCUAGAAAAAGCAGCAGUCGGCCAAGUUCUUCCAUAAACACUUCAGGGCCAGUGUCUCCAGUUCAUACCGAGGCUGACCCUCAAGACUCCAGUGUGAUAACAGGCCAUCGUAUGGGGCCUGCCCUCAAUGUGGGUACUCUUACUUCCACACCUAAAGCAGGAAUCACCCACAAGCCCACUACCAAGUUCGAGAAAGAUUUAGCUGGUGGUAAAAGUGUAAGUAGUUUAAGUAACGGUGACAAAAGGAGAUCAGACACACAGUCAGUGAAAUCAGACAAAUCCCAAACUCCUUUGGUAAAAUCAGAGAAAGGUUCUCCAGUUGCGGCAUUGAAAUUUGAUGAUGCCUCUGAACAAAGUGAAACAGCAUCAGGAAUGACACGUGAGGAACGCGAGGGAAGCAGUGAAAGCACAACUAGUUCAAGUUCACUAGACUCGCAGCAGGGCACUGUUGUACUACGGUGUGCUGCAAAAACAAGCCGGAAACCAAAACCUCCACCCCCUGCUAGGCGAUCUAGUCUGCCUCUUGGCAACAAUCCACCUGUAGAAAAAACACACAGUAGUGGAAAGUCAAAGGUCAAUGGGAGAAGGGAGAGUGAGGGCGACAUUGGAUGAUGUGUCUGGACGUGCUGUAAAUGACAAGUUUUUUUUCAUUCUCAUUCUAACCAGAAUUGAUAUGUGUUAUGAGAUUGCAGUCCUAUGUUUUGUAUCAUGCUGACACACUGCCGUGUUUGAAAACAUUGUUUCAUGCGUUAUUUGAGAAGUACAGAAUAAAUUACAAUGAAUUUUAUGUGAUUUUACUUACACUGCCAUGUAGGUGCCUCGUGGCUAAUAUAAGUCUCUACCUACUUACAGGUAGAAUAAAACAAAGGCUGUUUCCUGUUUCUCAGUUAGAUAAUUGUUUCAGAUGUAUAAUAUUGUUUAUAAACCUUUCACUGCUACAUGCAUCUACAAUCCUAAAUGAUUCAACUGUUAAUUUUCUUUUGUUUAUAAUUUGAAACUUUCAUGUAUAAUGCAUUUACUUUUAUAUAUUGAAGAAAAUUGAAUAAGGGACAUCACUUUAACAUAUAAUUGGAA